AUGAUACCCAGGCAAGCGUACGCGCCCACGCCGCACAGCUACGAGGUGAAGCUCGCCGACACUCGUGCGGAGCGAGACUUGCAGGACUCGCUCGCCGAGAUCUUCAGCAUCAUCAUAACCCUCGAUGAGCUGGAAAAAGCAUUUCUCAAGGAUGCAAUUCCCGAGGCAGAAUAUACCGAGAUCUGCGAGAGAUCGCUGAAGCAGUACAAGUCGAUACUGGCCGAUGAGGCUGUUGCGAGGGCGUUUGUAGGGCUGGAGGAGUUCAAGGCUGAAUGGGAUCUCGAGGUCCCGCGCGCAACAGAGCGCAUCCGCGUCGGCAUGCCGUCCACAGCUGUGACGGCGUCCUCAGGGGCCGCGCCCGCGCCCGCCGCCACCGGGAACACGAGCGGCGCGCUUAUCCUAGAGGCCACGCAGGAUUUCAUCACCUUCCUGGAUGCGCUGCGACUUGGCCUGCUGGCCAAGGACCAGCUGCACCCGCUCCUGACGGACGUCAUCCAGUCGGUGAACAAGGUGACCGACAGGGAUUUCGAGAACAGGGGCAAGAUUGUGAACUGGCUCAUCACGCUGAAUCAGAUGAAGGCGAGCGAGGAGCUGAGCGAGGCCCAGGCGAGGGAGCUGGAGCUGGAUAUCAACUCGGCUUAUCAGGGAUUCAAGUCUACUCUGACAUAA